AUGGCUGCCAAGGCCGGUGUCCUGCUUGUCCUCGCCGCCCUAAUCUCCUGCCAUGCUCUCACGGGCAACGCGCAGCAGAUAGGUGGCACCUGUCACCUGUCGGACAUCAAGGUCUCGCAGGAGAAGACGGGGAAGGUCGUGCAGGGGCAGCCGGAGUACCGGGUGACCUUCGAGAACCUGUGCGAGUGCCCGCAGGACUACGUCGACGUGCGCUGCAACCGCCUGCCCAGCGUCGAGCCCAUCGACAGCAAGCAGAUCAAGGUGAUGGAUGAGCUCUGCAUGCUCGCCACGACCCUGUUCAAGGGGUCCAACAUCUCCUUCACCUACGCUUGGAAGACGCCGCAGGACUUCACCGUUGUCAAAGCAACUUCGCGGUGCGGCGAGGGGAUGGGUCGAAGGGUCUAG